AUGUUUGAUACUACUACAGGAGAGGAUGUAUUCGUUUCUGUUUUUGAACUCUUGAAAAAAUAUGAUUUACCUUUGGAAAAAUUAUCAUCUGUAGCUACAGAUGGAGCUCCUUCUAUGACUGGGAAAAAUAAGGGAUUCGUUGAAAGAUUACAAAAAAAAGCGAAUGAAAAUGUUGAACAUAAAUUUCAUAGGACACAUUGUAUUAUACAUCAAGAAGUGUUAUGUACAAAAGUUAUUAAUAUGGCACAUGUAAUAAGACCAGUAAAACAAAUGGUCAAUUUUAUAAGAUCCCGUGGUAUGAACCAAAGACAAUUUUCGAUGUUUUUAAACGGUUUAGAAAGCGAGUAUUCAUAUUCAGGUUUACCAUACUUUACAGAAGUACGAUGGUUAUCGUGCUCCACUGUAUUGGAAAGAUUCUGGAACUUAAGAGAUGCCAUACAAAUAUUUUUAGAGUCUAAAGAACAAGACGUCAGCGUUUUAUCGGAUCCAAUGUGGUUACAAGACCUAUCCUUCAUGGUCGAUAUAACGAAGCACUUAUCGAAUUUAAAUUUAAAAUUACAAGGGAAAAAUCAAAUUAUAACAGCCAUUAAUGACCAUGUUAAGGCUUUCAAAUGUAAAUUAGAUCUAUUUAAAACACAAUUACAAAACGAAGACUUAACGCAUUUCCCAGCAUGCAUGACGUUUCAAGAUUUCCAAUAUUUAGAAAACGAUUUUGCCUUGUUUACGUCUCCUUUUUCAAUAGACGCAGUCAAUGUUCCAACACGUAUACAAAUGGAACUGAUCGAGAUUCAAAAUGAUUCAAAUUUAAAAAAUAAAUUCAAUGAGAUUGGUGUUCCUGAUUUUUACAAUUUUGUGCCAAUAUGA